AACGCCAUUACCAAAUUCUUUGCUUCCAACUCCAUCUCCUCUCUCGCAGCUUCACUUGUCACACUGAUCUCUUCUCCCAAAUCGCUUCACUUCUUUGCAGACACAGAUGUUCUAUUGCAUUACAAGUUUUAUUUCUUAAAGAGAUCACACUUGUGAAGUAGCUACGACCCCUAUUGUGGUCGUGUUUUCAUUUCUCAAGAGUUGCAUGCAAACUGUUCGAUGAAAUUCCUUAGAGAGGAUUUGAUGUCUGGCUAUUAGCUCGUUGCUGCUUCACUUAGCUGAUUUUCAAAUGUGGGUUCAUGGGCAUCAUCAUAUAAGAAGGAAUCUAAACUCUGGAAUUUGUUUCAGAGCAAAUCCGAGUCGCUUCUUCCGUUCAAUUCAAGUUUUAUAUCAUUCUUCAGUUGAUGGUUCCUAUAACGAUGCAUUGCCCUGUGAAUGGUACGAAACGAAACUCCCGGUUCUGAAAAGACUAAACCGUGCAUUGAGAGGCGUUGAUUUAGUCGAUGGGAAGCUCGAGGACAUCAAUGGUGUCAUCAUCUAUGAUGAUUGUAUCAGAAACAAAAUGCACGCUUUCAAGUCUCUGGCUAGGAUCUUCAUUGGCUCUCCUUCAAUUCAGCUGAAGCUUAGAGAACAGGGACGGUUCAAGUUCCCAUUUUUUGGUACUGAAAGUGAAAGAGAGCCAUUGGUUGUGAAUUCAUUGACUAAAGUUAGCAACUUUCUUAACAUCUCGGCGCAACAACGGAAGCUAGUGAGAUGCACCGUGUGCUCACAGGUUACACAGUAUCGUAUUUGGAGAGGUGCUCUUGAAGACAUACUGAAUAGUCUCAAAGAAGAAGUUGAUUGGUUAGUUGAACAUAGGGAGAUGAGUCAAGGUAGAAAAUUGGGUCAGCAAGUGAUAUUGUCAUGCCUCAGAUACUUAUCUGAAUCAUCGGUUUCGUUUGAAGCAGAAAAAUCAACUUCAUGGAUGCGACCUGUGCCAGCUAGAUACGCAAAGGCAAAUGCUUCUGCGAAAUGGGAAGAUGUUCUUGACAUGGUGAAUGAUCUGAGAAGGUAUCUUGAACAUGAUGAAGAAAUUACAGUACUUUACCAUUUGGAGAAGCUCGUAUCGAUGAAAGAAGGUCUUUUACAGAUCAAAGAUGUGUUUUUGGACAACACUAUUGGAUUUAGAGAGGUUAGACAUCAAGAGCAUCUUGUGCACAGAAAGCUCUCAAAGAUGUUGGGCAAUCCUUCGCCGUGUUUGUUUGCUCUCGUCAUGUUUUUCCUCUACGGGCGUGUGCGUGACAUCGAAGUAGAUCUCUGUGGAGGGUUUUACAAGGAGAAGAGUGAGUUCUUGUGCUUAAGCAUGGGGAGGAUCUUGACUUCAACGGAUGAGAAAAUGUUGGGGAGAGGGAUGAAGCAGUUAGAUAGGGCAUUAGGGCUGUUUGGGUUUGUGUGGGAAACAGCAGGAAUGAAAGAGACUCUUAACCUGCAAGGCCAUUUGUGGUGCCUUGGAGCUGAAGAAAGGUCCAUUACAUAUCGUGGGAAUACGUUCUUCGUGCAUGACCUUAGUCUAUGAAUUUUUUGUGAGGAACAAACAACAACCUGUACAUUUGUUU